CGAGCGGGGCGGGCGCAGCUCGCGGCGCCGGGCCGCGUUCCCCGUCCGCGGCCGCCCUGCCACCCGCCCGCGUCCCCGCCGGCGGGAGCUCGGGGGACCGGGCGGCGGCUGGCUGGAUGCGAGCCCUGCGCGGACCCGGCGGCGGACGGCGGCUCUCGACUCCGGGCAGCCGGUCGCCGAGGGGACGAGCCCCAGCGCGCCGGCCAUGGCCUCCAACUUUAACGACAUAGUCAAGCAGGGCUACGUGAAAAUCCGCAGCAGGAAGCUGGGGAUUUUCAGACGAUGCUGGUUGGUUUUCAAGAAGGCUUCCAGUAAAGGACCCAGAAGGCUAGAAAAAUUUCCAGAUGAAAAGGCAGCGUAUUUCAGAAACUUUCAUAAGGUAACUGAACUGCACAACAUCAAAAAUAUAACCAGACUGCCUCGAGAGACAAAGAAGCAUGCAGUGGCAAUUAUCUUUCAUGAUGAAACGUCAAAGACAUUUGCCUGUGAGUCAGAGCUGGAGGCUGAGGAGUGGUGCAAGCACCUCUGCAUGGAGUGUCUGGGGACCCGGCUGAACGACAUCAGCCUUGGUGAGCCUGAUCUUCUGGCCGCAGGAGUACAGCGAGAACAAAAUGAGAGAUUCAAUGUGUAUCUUAUGCCUACACCAAAUCUGGAUAUCUAUGGUGAAUGCACAAUGCAGAUCACUCAUGAGAAUAUCUAUCUCUGGGAUAUCCACAAUGCCAAGGUCAAACUGGUGAUGUGGCCUCUCAGCUCGCUGAGGAGAUAUGGACGGGACUCCACGUGGUUCACCUUUGAAUCAGGAAGAAUGUGUGACACAGGAGAAGGACUAUUCACUUUUCAAACAAGGGAAGGAGAAAUGAUCUAUCAGAAGGUCCAUUCUGCGACACUGGCCAUAGCUGAGCAACAUGAAAGAUUAAUGCUAGAAAUGGAGCAGAAGGCCCGGCUUCAGACAAGCUUGACUGAGCCAAUGACGUUAUCCAAAUCGAUAUCUCUUCCUCGUAGCGCGUACUGGCAUCACAUCACUCGUCAGAACAGUGUUGGAGAAAUCUACAGUUUGCAAGGUCACGGGUUUGGUUCCUCGAAGAUGUCACGUGCACAGACAUUUCCCAGCUACGCCUCGGAGCAGAGUGAGGAGGCCCAGCAGGCUCUGUCCCGGUCGAGCAGUUACGGAUUCAGCUACAGCUCCAGCCUCAUUCAAUGACACUCAGAGAGCCGCUGCUGACCAGAGACACAGUCUGUCCGGACCUGCUUGUAGGGUCACUGCACCCUCUGCCUCCUGGAAGACCAAUUGCAGUAAAAAUUGAAAUGGGUCGGGUGUAGCCCCAGUCCCAGUAGAAGGUUAAAACCUGGAGUUCUGCUUCCUUGACUCUGUGGCUAAGUCCUUUAUUUAUUGAAUUUCUUGGGGGGAGGGGAAUCUAUGUUUUACAAAAAUAGAAUCCAAAUCGUAUGAACAGUCAUUUAAAUAAAAUUCUUUGGUACGGACAGUAGCAGAAGUCUGGGCACCAUGAGAAGUUGCCCACACUGGGUUGGACCUGGGCGCGGGACAUUAACUCUGUCCUCAUGGCUCGGCCCUCCCGCCUGGUGAAAGGGUCUGUCCUUGGACAUAAGGUCACCCACCACAAGCUCUGUGGCUUGGAAGGUUUUAACAGGGACAAAUCCAGUAAGAUCUACAAAUGGCAUUAUAAGUCUCCAUAGAAAUAAGCCCAGUGACAAUUAAGGGAACACAAGAAUUAGAACACACUGUUGAGCAGGCCCUGUAGCUCCACUGUGUGUGUGUGCGUGUGUGUGCACCUGUAGACAAAUACAGAUUCGGAUAUUGCUAUAUCCAUCUAUAUCUAACACGUAUAUAUCAACUGUGUGCUGAGGGUGACAGGAUAUGCUCACUUACAUUGUUGAAAACUGUAAUUUGGUGCAUUAAAAUUAAGAUUGUUAUGUUGAAUAGCUACUUUUAAAAUAGUGCUGUAAAAAAAAAGGCUUUUUAUUAGCAAAAGUAUUUACGUAGUCAAGUCUGCUCCUCUGACAAGUAUAAACGAAUAUUUGAGAAGGAAGUUCACUUGAAAAUGAAAACAAAAGACCUGGUCUAGCUGUCCCACGUGUCCUGUCGCCACCCUGUCUUUUGGGUUAGUACUUCCUUGUUGGCAAUGUCUGUCUCUUUGGCCAUCCCUCUGAGCUCCAUGAGGAAAAUCGGGUGUGAUCACCCACCAGCUUCCAUUUAACCUCAAGAAAUAGAAAACUUUAAAUGAGAAACUGUUUUUCA